CCAUCGCUGCUGUGGUAUGCCUCAUGACAAAGUCUGCCAUGAAAUCGCCCUGCAACAGUGCAACUACAGCAUCCGUGACCUAAUCCACUUGUGUCACUGUGAAUUCGGUCCCAGCAGGUCCCAGCGCCAACGAACAGUUCGUUCGCUCGUCUUCGCCGCUGUGAUCCCCGGCUGCUGCCUGAGCUAUUCAUUGCCGAGAACUCUGCCUGAGCCUUUGACACUGUACGAAGUUUGCAUUCGAGUUCCUGGUUACGACAUCUGCGAUGGUCCACAGCAGUCACGACGAAGUUGACGUUGAAUGCGCAGCGGACAAUAACGAUGAUGGCUCGGCAAGACAACUACAUUCGCUCAACAGAGGGGAGAUGUACGAUGCAGCACGCAAAGAUUGCAAUGCAAGUCGUGCGCGCUUCCCAUCUCCGCCGCACGUUGCCUCGAGCGCAGCCAUACAUGCCCUCCCGUCCGAGCUCAUCGAGCACAUCCUCGCGUUCGGUGACCCCGUCGACGUCGUCUCGCCCUUCUCUCAGACCUGCCGCGCCUACCAUGCGCUCGUCGCCGCCGAUUCGCACCUUUGGCGCACGCUCUACCUCCUCCAGGAGCUCGACGACCCGCGGCGAUGUCUGACCCCACUCGGCCGGCCGUACUUCGCCUCCGCCUUCCACUCAAGCCAAGCCUUCCCCUGGGCCACGCAGCUCAAGCGCAUCAUGCGCGCCCGCGCUGUGUGCGCGAAAAUCGAGAUCGCGCGCCCGGGCGAGAUGCGCGCGGUGCUCGAGACGUUGCUCGAGCUUGUGAGCAACGUCCCGCCUGCGCACCCCGGCGACAGCAGCGCGCUGAGCCUCAACCUCAUCUGGGUCGCCGCGACGCUUACCAGGAGCGACCUGCUCGAUGCGGACGCGGAUAAGCUGGGGCUUUCACGCGAGGAGGAAGCGCUGCGCGCCCGACUGCACACGUGCUACGGCGUCACCGACGCGGACCGCACGCCCGCCGCCCGCGUCGCCUCCCGCGGGCGGGUGUACAGCAUGCGCAAUUACACAUUCGAGAACGCGUUCGGACCGUUCGUCCCCCUCCCCGAUCCGGAGCUGUUCGGGGAUCAGAACGCGAGCGGGCGGGCGGGGAGGGAGUCUGAGCCAGGGCUGGGGGUGGACUGGGAGCAUAUGCAGGCGCUGCACCACGUCAUGUCGAUGCACGUGGUGGAUCUGCGGGAGGAGGACGAGGUCGUGUAUGUCGUAUUCCCCCUGAGCAUGCCGUACUGCCAGAGCGUUAUACCGCGUGGGAUGGACCUGGACGUCGAGCGGGAUUGGGCAGGCGUCGAGGGCGUGUGGCACGUCGCAUUCGCGUUCUGCGAUCACCGGGAACUGCUAGUGUAUAACAACUUCAGUGUGGAUGCCGGACCGUUGGACACGUCGAUAUUUGAGGAACCGGACUUCAUGGAAGCUUUCCGCUCGUUCCACGUCGCCAUGCGAAUCCUAGGUACGGAAGACGACCCGCAGCAUCCCGGCAGGCCCAAGAUCAAGUUCGGGGGCGACGUCGACGGGCACGCGACGAUGGUCGGCCACGUCGAGCUCGGCCCCGACGACCACAUCCGCUGGUCAUUCGUCAGCGGUGUUAACCCGGACGCGAUCCGUUUUAGCUCGGAGGGCGUCCAGGUUGGCGGCGUGCGUUCGAGCUUUGGCGUGCUUGGCGCGUGGACGACGACGACGCACGAACUGGGCGACCCCGUCGGUCCAUUCUGGCUACGGAAAGUCCCGGACAACGAACUGCCGCAUCUGCUAGACGAGGCGGAGCGCUGACGGACGUCAAGAUGCAUAUGACGGCGAGUCGGCGCGGUCAGCGGUGAGCGGAAGGUUGUUCGAUGUGCUUCCGCGGCGUCCGCAGCUUGGGCCGUCGUGUGGCUGGGUUGUGUCGGGGUGUCAGUAGGGCGGCUUGGAGCUGGUGGGACCUGGGUGUUUGGAUCCGGGCGGAGUUCCUGAUGAGGGUCGGUGGGGGAGAACGGCUCGCCCAUCUGGAUCGCGCCCUGCCGGCGGGACACAGCAUAUGGCGCGCGUGCGAGCUGCCUUCUACUCGGACGGCGAAAUUUAGGAGCGGUCGGAGGCGCAGCGAGUCGACGUAACCCGCGAUCAAAGUGCUGGGUUCGCGAGACGAUGAAGGCCAGAAUCGAGGGAGGAUUUCUUCCUUCGCGGAUCACGGUUUGGCGCGUCGGAUCCGUCGGGGCGCGGGCGGUGAUCAGCCUUUCCUGGUGGUACCUGUGAUGUCUGUCGUUGACCGUGCAAUCAUGAUUUUUUCGAUUAUUCCCGGGUCUAACGAUGUUCAGACAGAUGGCCUUCAGGUGGCAGAUGGGGCUGUGAAUAGCGCGUGCGCCGGAAGGGCGGUAUACAUCUCAA